AACCCAAUUACGUUUGGUCUUGGGAUUAGGUCUGAUAAGGCAGUAUGUAAAAUUGUUUGGGCUGAUUCGGUCCACAAUCCCGGGAGCUUCGACUGCGUGAGGGUGGUUCUACGCAGGCAACAUGAUCAAAUUAGCGUGGGCGGUGACGUGUCUGGUCGUCUGGGCGGGGGUGAGCCAAGUUUCAGUGGGCGUGAGGCUGGAAAAUGGGCGUUAUGAGGAUGUGGUGUUGGCUGUGGACCCAGCCAUGGGGACUGACGUCAUCUCGAUAACCGACCUGGAAAAAAAGGUCAAGACCCUGCUGCAGGCGACCUCCGACUCCCUCCACGCAGCCACAGAAGGCAGACUGUCCCUGGGGUCCGUCAGGGUCGUCAUCCCGCAGACAUGGAACGCCCCGGAUGACCUGCUGGAGGACCCUGUGGAAGGCGUCUCGUGGGGCUCCGCCGACAUCCGCCUGGAGGAGCCAGAGAAGGAUUACAGAGGGAAUUACGUGUCUCAUACGCCUCAUACGCUGCAGCCCGGCCAGUGCGGAGUCCCCGGUCGACACAUCACUAUCCACACGACUCUCCUGGACGCUGACUACGCGGAGGCGAACUACGGGUCACAAGGGGCCGUGAUGGCGCACGAGUGGGCGCACUUCCGCUGGGGAGUCAUGGAGGAGCACGGGUUCCCCGGGGACGGCGUCUUCCCCGUCCACUACUCGCGGGGAGGACAGGACGAGCUCCCGACAAGCUGUUUUGCCGGAGAUCUGGAAGGAAAAUUUGAGACUGAGAAGGGCGAGGCGUGUGACCCGGGCGCCGCGUCCCCCGCCUGCUACUUCCUGCCCAGCGGCUCCUCGACCAAUGGCUCGCUUAUGUAUCUGACUCAUCUGUCCGACGGCCAUUUCUGCAAGAGGAACACCCACAACCCGUGGGCGCCCACACCUCAGAAUAUUCACUGUGGGCGUCGGUCUGUUUGGGAAGUACUUGAGACCCACGACGAUUUCACACAGACAAGCGGAUCUCACGCAACUCCAGCGCAAGUGGCAGUCACUUUCCACAAGCCUCAAACACCAAGGAUUUUCUUGCUGUUCGAUCCUCCCCUUUCUGAGGAGAGCGCGGCCAUCAUAAGCGACUUGGUCAAAUCCAAAAUCCAGGAUCUUUCGAGGAAAUUCCAGUCGUUUGACGUAGGAAUGGCGACUUGCAGACUCGUCGGUGAAAAUGUUGAGCUUAUCAAGAAGCGAGAAUUUAGUCCUGUUGCCGACGUGAACAGCCUGGACGAGUUCAUGCCGGCAGUCAGCGAUCGAGAGUCGGACAAGACAGUGCCACUGGACAGGCUGUGGCUCAGCUGGUGCCAAACCUGGACGGACCACACUCCUGGCACUCUCCUGAUGGCACUCGUGUACAAUCACGUAUCGGGGGAAGAGGCGGCAGCGGUGGACAGCACCCUGCUGCAGGCGACCUCCGACUCCCUCCACGCAGCCACAGAAGGCAGACUGUCCCUGGGGUCCGUCAGGGUCGUCCUCCCGCAGACAUGGAACGCCCCGGAUGACCUGCUGGAGGACCCUGUGGAAGGCGUCUCGUGGGGCUCCGCCGACAUCCGCCUGGAGGAGCCAGAGAAGGAUUACAGAGGGAAUUACGUGUCUCAUACGCCUCAUACGCUGCAGCCCGGCCAGUGCGGAGUCCCCGGUCGACACAUCACUAUCCACACGACUCUCCUGGACGCUGACUACGCGGAGGCGAACUACGGGUCACAAGGGGCCGUGAUGGCGCACGAGUGGGCGCACUUCCGCUGGGGAGUCAUGGAGGAGCACGGGUUCCCCGGGGACGGCGUCUUCCCCGUCCACUACUCGCGGGGAGGACAGGACGAGCUCCCGACAAGCUGUUUUGCCGGAGAUCUGGAAGGAAAAUUUGAGACUGAGAAGGGCGAGGCGUGUGACCCGGGCGCCGCGUCCCCCGCCUGCUACUUCCUGCCCAGCGGCUCCUCGACCAAUGGCUCGCUUAUGUAUCUGACUCAUCUGUCCGACGGCCAUUUCUGCACGAGGAACACCCACAACCCGUGGGCGCCCACACCUCAGAAUGUUCACUGUGGGCGUCGGUCUGUUUGGGAAGUACUUGAGACCCACGACGAUUUCACACAGACAAGCGGAUCUCACGCAACUCCAGCGCAAGUGGCAGUCACUUUCCACAAGCCUCAAACACCAAGGAUUUUCUUGCUGUUCGAUCCUCCCCUUUCUGAGGAGAGCGCGGCCAUCAUAAGCGACUUGGUCAAAUCCAAAAUCCAGGAUCUUUCGAGGAAAUUCCAGUCGUUUGCCGUAGGAAUGGCGACUUGCAGACUCGUCGGUGAAAAUGUUGAGCUUAUCAAGAAGCGAGAAUUUAGUCCUGUUGCCGACGUGAACAGCCUGGACGAGUUCAUGCCGGCAGUCAGCGAUCGAGAGUCGAACAAGACAGUGCCACUGGGCCGGGCUGUGGCUCAGCUGGUGCCAACCUGGACGGACCACACUCCUGGCACUCUCCUGAUGGCACUCGUGUACAAUCACGUAUCGGGGGAAGAGGCGGCAGCGGUGGACAGCGAAAUCCUCCUGAAGAAGAAGGUCAAAAUGCUCCUCCUGGACGGCCUCGGGAACCUCGAGAACCUCCCCACCAUGGCGCCCCUUCUGCAGGAGACCGGCGGCCGCAUUUACAGCUCCUCGAACGCGACCGCUAAUAUAAUACAUCUGCUGGAAGACUUUGAAAGAUAUUUCAGUAGUUCCCACCUUGAUGAUCACAUUGUGUACGGUGUAUCUACAACAGAAAUCAAGAAUGGCAUUACUACCGUGGGAAAAAUUCAACUUGAUGCGCAAGGACUCUCCUAUCUCAACCUUGUGAUCAAAAUCGACUCCUUUGAUCCCGAGAAGUUCAAUGUCAUCUUGAGACACCCCGUUGCGUUCAGAGACAUUGCUUGCGGUUCGGAGGAUGCAGAGAAGUUCAAUUUCUUCUGCGGGAACUUUGAUGGGGGCAUUUAUGCCUCGUUUCAGACAACAGGAAUUGCCGGCUCCGAUGUCGGCUACGAGUUUAAGGUAUCGUCGACAUCGCAGCAGUCGCACGCUGCAACGGUGACCUGGAGUACGGUAGAAGACAUCGACAACCCCAUGGUAAGGUGUUUCCAGGUCAUGGUGUUGUGGUAG